UCACCAAGACAAACAGGAAACAGUUUAACGAACGGCUUCUUAACCGAAAUUUGAAUUACGAAUUAGGACAAACACCUGAAACAAGACAGUGAAGUCUCCAGGUUUCAACCAAAGCAGAUGCCAUAUUACUAGUAAAAUUAAGAACGAAGACUUGAUAAAGGGAAAUGGCUCUACCAACUCUGACAUCUCACUGGUCCAAUCGCAUUCAUACUCUGGAGGGAAGGAUUGCCCGGCAGCGUGAUCAGGAAGCACGGUUUAGGCAGCAGUGGGAACAGCAUUACAGAUAUUUUAAAGAUCAUGAUGUGCGCAGCAGUAAGCAGGCACAGUGGAGCUCCAGACAGUCCUAUCAAAAGAGUAUGUCUGCAUUCCAUCGUGAUCGAAUUAGAGAGGAAAAGAAAAGGAGCCUGGAAGAGCGCAGGGCCCGUCUCCGUGCUCUCCUGAAGGAAGAGUGUGACAUCUUGGAAGCUGAACUCCGAGACAUUUUACCUACUAGUGCCAGUCUAGCCAGGGAGAUGGAAUCUAAGACAGAGAGGCUGAAAUCUGCCAGAGAGGAGCGCAGAAAAAUGGUUGCUCAAGAACUGCUCCAGGAUCACUGGAGAAAGAAUAAUCCAGAGCUGCGGCAGGUGGAAUCAGAACUUCAUAAAAAUCAUGUAGUAGGCAAGUGGGUCACCCAAAUUGAGGACAGACGGCAGCAAGAUGAGCUGGAGCAAGAGGAGCAGAAAAGAUUUGAGAAUGAGUAUGAAAGAACUAGGAGGGAAGCUAUGGAGCGGAUGAAGCAAGAGGAGGAGUGGAGAAAGGAGAAAGAGAAACAGAGAGCAGAGGUUCUGGUGCAGCAGAUGGAGGAGCUCCAACUGAGAGAAGUGGAGGCAGAACAGCUUAAAAAGGAGGAGGCAAAUCUGGCUGCCCAGCAAAGGGAGAUUGAAGUCCUGGAGGAAGAGAGGAGACAGCUAGAAGAGCAAAGGAAAAAAUCUGAGCUUGGACGAUUUCUCACUCGUCAGUACCGAGCACAACUUAAGCGAAGGGCUCAGCAGGUGCAAGAAGAGCUGGAGGCAGAUCAUUCUAUACUACAGGCACUUCUACGCAGAGAACAAGAAGAAGUAAAGCUGCAUGCAGCACAGCGAGAGCGGGCCAUAGCUGACACUGCUUGGAUGAAGCAAGUGAUUGAAGAGCAGUUGGCACUGGAGAGAGAACGGGAGGCCGAGUUUGACAUGCUGUACAGGGAGGAGGCCCAGAGAAUGUGGGAAAAGCGGGAGGCUGAAUGGGAGAAAGAAAGAAGAGCGAGAGCACGUCUCAUGCAAGAGGUGAUGGCAGGUAGGCAUGAGCAACUGGAGGAGCGCAUGAAGAAGAAUCGGCAAGCUCAGGAGGAGUCUGUACUGCGACGUGAAGAGCUUAUCAGACAACUCGAACUAGAAAGGCGGAUGACAGCAAGAGAGAGAGAGAAGGAAGAUGAGGUGAAGACUGCACGCAGACUGGAGCUGUCAGAGCAGAUUUCCGAGCGAAACCGAAGGUACUACAAGGCCCUUAGUCAGAGAGCAGAGGAUGAGGAAGCAGAAAGAGAGGCAGAGAGGCACCACGAGGAAGAGGUGCGACGUGAGGCAGAAAGAAUGACUCGGCGAGGCUACCAGGAGAAGAUUUACAGUCGUCCCAAAACAGCAUGGAUAUGACGAAAAAAACAAACAAACAAAAUUUGAACCACUGGGAAGCAUUUGUACAGAAAAUUAACAUUUUCUCAGAAAGAGGCACCAGAAGGUUGACCAAGCGUAAUGAUUGGUAACAUUUUAAUUAAGAGUUUCAUCCUAAAAACUGAACAGUCAGUUUUAUUAAUCUGAUCAUGAACAACAAACCUAUCGAAAAAUAAUGGUACACUGCUGCAUGACCACUCUGCCAUUAACGCAUGGGGAGUUGUGUAAAAACACAAGCCUGCUCCCAAACACAAAAUCACUUGAGGUUUAAAUCCGGGGAUCUUUUCAAGAAGUACUUUUGUCUAAAUGCGUGGUUUUGUCUGUAUUGUUUGGUUGACCCGUGUGUGGUUUGGUGGGGAUUGUAUGACUGCAAUAUGCUAUGUGAGAUUUUCUUACAAAGUUGAUAAUCUAAAAAAAAAUCCUAAUUAUGAACAAAUUCUUAAAUUUUAAAGACUGCUUGAAGCAUUGUUGGUUUUAACUAAUGUAAAAGAUUCACUGUUAGUCAGUUUGUUUAUUUCAUAUAUGUAAAACAGAAUUAGAAAUGACAGCAAAGAGGAGAGUCUUUCCAUGUCUGUUUUAACUUAAAGAUGAGAAAACCAGUCAGUAGGUUGUGAGGACAUGGUGCCAUUUUUAAGAUAAAGCAUGAAUAUUUGUAAGUGCAGAAAUUCUGUUGGCUGACAGUUAAAAUAGGAAAUGAUUCACGUUAAAGUGGUUAACCUCUGAUGUGUUAAGUGAAGAGACCAGGAAACAUCUAGUGAAGUGCCUGAACUGCAGCCCACAAAAGGCUCCACAAUGUGGAAGAUGCAGAAAGUACUCUCUAGCCUUUUUGAACUUAUUUAUUGCAUAUUUAGCAGGCAAGAAAAAAUACAAAUAAAAACAAGAUCAUUUUACAGUAAUACACUUUAUACAAUAAAGGUCAAAACAAAAAGCAUGUAUGUCACAGUUUAUAAAUACAAAUGUUUAUAUUUAUAUAUAUAUAUAUAUAUAUAUAUA